AUCACAAUAGUUGGGCGGUUUCGACAGUCAUGACACGACAAAACGCCAUUCCCUCGAGCGAUGGCCAGUCUAUGACUACUGCGCUCAUUCCGCUCUGGGAUAUGUCUAACCAUAAACACGGAAAGCUUACAACUGAUUAUGACUUAAGCGCUGACUCUGGUAUUUGUCGUGCGAUGACUGACUUUAAUACUGGCGAACAGAUCUUCAUAUACUAUGGCUCGCGAUCUAACGGCGAGUUCUUCGUCCACAACGGCUUCGUAUACAACGAUAAUUGCGAUGAUUUCGUGCCUUUAAGACUGGGUAUCAGUCGCAACGAUCCGCUGUUUCAACAGAAAUACGAUUUAUGCAAAAGACUUGAUUUAAACGUUUCCGGUGUCUAUCGUGAACUGGAGUUUUGGCUACAAAGCGACACACUUUUUGUCGACUCGAUCGGCGCUUUUACUCAAUGGUUACCCGAAACCGGAAUCCCAAAUCGUUUACAA